GAAAUUAUGAGGUUUUUUAAUACCAGAAAAAGUUGGAAAAUUCAUGUUAAAUCACCUUUGAAAAAUCCUGGAAUCAAAAUACGUGCCAAAAACAACGUUACAAACUAUCUACAUAUUAUUAUUGUUGCUGACCCAAAAUCGUUAUCAUAUCAUACAAAUAAAUAAUAGACUAAAAAAACAAACUACUUCUGAACUACAAAAAGAUUAUUAGUGAUAUAAUUUAAGUAGGUAGGUACUUCAAUCAAUUUCCUUUAUAUAUAUAUAUAGGUAUAAUGCAAUUGUCUUGGUUAUAAACUAUUCAAAUAAUAUUUAAAAAUCACCAUUGCAUCAUAACAUGAGGUUUUUAGUAGUUUUGAGUGUAAUUUGUUUUGCGCUUGGUGAUGACUUAACCGUCCAAACCAACUAUGGCCGAGUAAAAGGCAGAACUCAAUCUAUGCUGGACGGAAGCUUCUAUUACGCCUGGCAAGGUAUUCCGUACGCUUCACCUCCGACCGGAAGUCUCAGAUUUCAGGCUCCUCGUGCUCCGGCAAGCUGGAACGGCGCAAAGGCCGCAACCAAAGACUCCAACGCUUGUUACCAAGUAAAAACCGACUCGCCCAACGAAAACGAAGAUUGCCUUUACCUCAACGUGUUUUCGCCGGCAAACUACAAGUCUGCCAAUGGCUUACCGGUUAUAUUUUGGAUUUACGGCGGAGCAUUUAGAGGUGGCUCUUCUAAUUUCGCAUCCACCGGUCCUGAUUGGUUCGUCCAACAAGGAGUUAUCGUUGUUACACACAAUUACAGAGUUGGACCAUUUGGAUUCCUAUCAACAGGCGACAAGGUAGUACCGGGCAAUGCCGGCCUCAAAGAUCAAGCGUUUGCCCUCAAAUGGACUUACGAAAAUAUCGCUGGCUUUGGAGGCGAUCCAAAUAAAAUCGUUAUUGCUGGAGAAAGCGCUGGCUCGGCUUCAGUUGGUUACCAACUAUUAAGCCCCAAAAAUAAAGGUUUGUUCCGUGGUGCUAUUCAACAAAGCGGUUCUCCGUUAAAUGAGUGGGCCUUUAUGGCCAAUCCGGAAUCUUAUGUUGAGAGUUUGAUUCAAACUAUUGACCCUAAGGCUAAGGUUGGAAGCAAAAGCUCAGAACAGUUAUUGUAUUUGCAAGGCCUUAGUGCUAAAACUAUUGAUUUGGCUUCGAAAUCUACCAAUCCGUCUUUGGCAUUACCAGUUAUCGAACCUGAACACGACAAUGCCUUUAUAACAGAAAAAAUGUAUGAAGCUUUCGAACAAGGCAACUAUAACCAAGUACCUGUACUGAUUGGGCACAAUUCUGAAGAAGAAGUUUUCAUUUUGAGAUCUCAUGCAUUUGUUAGACAAUUAGGACAAGGUUUUGACUCGAAUCCGUUGAGCACCCUUCCAGCUAACGUGCAAAUUGCUAAUAAAAGGGAUUUGGCCAAUCAAAUUAAGGCGAUUUAUCUUAAACAAGAUGAGCUUUUUGUUAAUCGACAAGAUGUCGUUAUAAGGUUUAAAAGUGACAGCGCAUUUACCAGAGGCAUAAUCAAACAAGGAGAACUAAUGUCAAACUACGCCAAUGUAUAUUUCUACGUGUUUUCUUACGAUGGAACAUUAGGUGGCUGGGAUAAAUAUAUUGAUGGAGCCGAAAACGUCACUCAUGGCGAAGAUCUGCGUUACAUUUGGGUAAGCAGAGGUAGUAAAAGCUCCAAUGAAGACUUAACAAAAUACCCUAAAUCCGACCAAAUCACCAGCCAAAGAAUAAUCAAAAUGUGGACCAACUUUGCUAAAAAUUUGAACCCAACCCAAUGGGUCAACUGGCCAACUUUCAACGCCAGCCAUCAGCAAUUUUUGGACAUUGGUACCAAUUUAGAGGUGAAAUCAGUACCGAAAUUAACGUAUCCUUUGUGGAAAAGAGCUUACGAAACCUACGGUACCAAACCGUACAUAACUUAUUAAUAAAUUGAAAAAUACAUUAUUUCUAGUUUUUUACUUAUUUGAUUUAG